CCGGCAAAGUUAGUUUUGCAUUGGAAAAUAACAGCAAACUGUGCACGCUUCAAAGUUGUUGUCAAUUAAUACGUGUUGUUCGCAAAAGUGGCCAACUCACAACAACAUAAAAAAUAAAGGAAGCACGUGCGUUAAACACGCCACAUCAAAGAAGAAAAGAUGAAAAUGCAACGUGUACGAGAAUUGCUGGACUACAAAUACCUGAGAAGGGAGCAAAUCAAUGGCUUUGACAAUUACAAGUAUAGUGCGAUAGACACCUCGCCUCUUAGCCAAUAUGUAAUGCAUCCAUUUUGGAAUUGGCUGGUUAAGUUCUUCCCGCGCUGGUUUGCGCCCAAUCUGAUGACCUUCCUUGGCUUCCUGUUUAGUGUGAUGAAUCUAGUGUUUCUCUCCUAUUACGAUUGGAAUUUCAAGGCCAGUUCGGGUGAGGUGGGCACAACACCUAUACCCAAAUGGGUUUGGCUCAGCUGUGCAUUUAAUAUAUUCAUUGCGUAUACCCUGGAUGGGAUCGAUGGGAAGCAGGCGCGUCGUAUUGGGCUAUCGGGGCCAUUGGGCGAACUGUUCGAUCAUGGUUUGGACUCGUACACGGCAAUGCUGAUACCCACGUGUCUGUACAGCAUCUUCGGGCGGAGCAAUGUGUAUUCGGUGCGUCCGAUGCGCAUGUAUUAUGUCUGCAUGACGGUCUAUUUCAAUUUCUUCGUAUCGCACUGGGAGAAAUACAAUACGGGCGUAUUGUAUUUACCCUGGGGCUAUGAUCUCAGCAUGUGGGGCAGCACUGCCAUGUACUUGGUCACCUGGUGGAUGGGCUUCGAAAGUUGGAAAUUUGAAUUGCCGCUGGGCAGCUGGGGUUCGCUGCCCCUGGGCAAUGUGAUGGAGGCGGUGCUGCAUAUCAGUGCCAUGGCCAAUCUGCCCCUGGUUGUUAUCAAUGUCUACAAUUCGUAUGCUCAGCGCACGGGGCGUUUGUUAUCAUUUACGGAGGCGAUACGGCCGAUGUGGCCCUUUGUGGCAUACUUUGUGCUGCUGCUCACCUGGCCCCUGCUCUCGCCCAAUGACAUCAUGGAAAGGGAUCCGCGCGCCAUGUUCAUGUUAAGCGGCACCAUCUUCUCCAAUGUCAGCUGCCGAUUGAUCGUCUCCCAAAUGUCGGUGACACGUUGCGAGGCCUGGCACUGGCAGACGCCCAUGUUUGCGUUGUCGAUUCUGGCCAGCUUCUGGCUGCCGGUGCUGGAGCGUCCAGUGGUCUACAUGCUGCUGAUUGUGACGACGCUGACGCACUGGCAUUAUGGCGCCAGCGUGGUGAAUCAGAUGUGUGAACACUUCAACCGUGUCUGCUUCACCGUCCACAAGCGGAUGCCGACACUGGACAUUAAAAGCCCGGCGAACCAGCAGGAACGCAAGGAGGAGCCGCAAACAUCACGCAAACUGGAUUAGGCAAUUUUUGUUUCUCUUAGUUUGUUUUGUUCAUCUUUGGGGUUUGUCGUUUGUCAGAUAUUAGUUUGCUUAAAGGCUAGCGCUUCAUUUCAAACAAAUCGCUCAGGUAGCAAGGAUCAUCAUCCUUAAGGCAACACACACACACACACACAUACAAGCAAACUAUCCGAAGAGUAUUUUUACAUAUUUAAAUUAGUUGUAGCUAUAAUUUUUGAAAACAAAACUUUGCAAAUUGUUUGGGUAUUUAAUCUGAAUUAUUCGAAUGUUUGUUUCCAUGACAAUUUUGGACCUCUCUCUAUAUAUAUAUAUCAUCCAGUGAAAUAUAUAAAUCAUUGACUUCAUUUCACUUUAAAAUCUUUCCUUCCAUUUUAGAUCAUACACACAUUUUUUAAAGACUUGAUUUAGCCCAAAAAAAAAGAAAAAGACGCUCGCUUCCUCUACUCUAUUAUAUAAUCAAUUUAGUUAUAGUCCGUAUUCAAUGCCAGUGUUUUUAGUGUUCAUGUGUCGUAAUUUUUCAAUGAUGCUAGAUAUAUAUGUAUUUAUGUAUAUAU